AAAGCUUCUCUGGGCUACAGCUCGGUGGUCUGUGUCUGCAAUGCCACAUACUGUGACUCUUUGAGCCCUGACCUUCCUGCCCCGGCACCUUCAGCCGCUUAUGAGAGUAUACGCAGGGCGACGGGGAUGAGUACUGGGACCAUCCAGGCUAAUCUGCACGGAACAGGCCUGCUACUGACUCUGCAGCCAGAACAGAAGUUCCAGAAAGUGAAGGGAUUUGGAGGGGCCAUGACAGACGCUGCUGCUCUCAACAUCCUUGCCCUGUCACUCCCGCUCCAAAAAUUUGCUACUUAAAUCGUGAUUUCUGAAGAAGGAAUCGGAUAUAACAUCAUCCGUGUACCCAUGGAUUGUGACUUCUCCAUCCGCACCUACACCUAUGCAGAUACUCCCCUGAUGAUUCCCCAGUUGUACAACUUCAGCCUCCCAGAGGAAGAUACCAAGCUCAAGGUAGGCAUUCUAGCUUUUUCUCUCCAAUUGGCUCCAGCCCUGCUUUCACUCCUUGCCAGCCCGACAUCCCCCACUUGGCUCAAGACCAAUGGAGCGAAUGGGAAGGGGUCACUCGGCUGGACAGCCUGAGACAUCUACCACCAGACCUGGGCCAGAUACUUAGAAGUAUGGAUCAUGACAGCUGAAAAUGAGCCUCUGCUGGGUAUUGAGUGAUACCCCUUCCAGUGCCUGGGCUUCACCCCUGAACAUCAGCGAGACUUUAUUGCCCGGGACUUGUGGUCCUACCUCGCCAACAGUACUCACCACAAUGUCCGCCUGUGGGCGCGGGAUGACCCAACGCUGCUGCCGCCCCACUGGGCAAGGGUCACCGUGCUCUUCCUUUGUGUACUGACAGACCCAGAGGCAGUAAGCAGGUUUCAUGGCAUUGCUGUACAUUGGUACCUGGACUCUGCUCCAGCCAAAGCCACCCUAGGACACCGCCUGUUCCCCAACACCAUGCUCUUGGCCUCAGAGGCCUGUGUGGGCUCCAAGUUCUGGGAGCAGAGUGUGCGGCUAGGCUCCUGGGAUCGAGGGAUACAGCAUAGCCACAUCAUCACGAACCUCCUGUACCAUGUGGUCGGCUGGACCGACGUGACCCGCCUGAACCCUGAAGGAGGACCCACUGGGUGCGUACCUUUUGGCGACAGUCCUGUCAUUGUAGACAUCACCAAGGACACGGCUUACAAACAGCCCACACUCCACCACCUUGGUCACUUCAGCAAGUUCAUUCCUGAGGGCUCCCAGAGAGUGGGGCUGGUUGCCAGUCAGAAGAAUCACCUGGACACAGUGGCACUGAUGCAUCCCAUGACUUGCCGCGGUGGCUGCAUAACAAGUGAGGGCACAGGGGUUCGGGUGGGCUGA